AUGGCGGGCGGCUUGCCGCUCAAAAAGUGGAAUUCAAACAAUCAUGAGCUAAUGCAGCGCAUUCCGGAGCAUCUGCACGCGUUAUCUUCAGAUAUAUCAUGGCAGUCAGAAACAUCGGUUUCGAUGCUUGGGUUAACUUGGAAACCCAGUACCGAUUGUUUUAUUUUCCAGGUGAAUCUUAGGCCUAUUAAAGAUGUCAUCACAAAGCGCCUUGUCGUCAGCCAGUCAGCCCAAUUAUUUGAUCCUCUAGGAUGGUUGGCACCGGUUAUCAUCGUCGCAAAGAUCUUUAUCCAGGAACUUUGGAAGCUUAAUUUAUCCUCGGAUGAUCCUUUACCUGAAGGAGCUCGUUAUCGCUGGAUAAAAUAUUAUGAAGAUCUUUCUCGUCUUUCCGCAGUCAGGAUACCUCGCUGGAUAGGAUUUCGUUUGCAAAUGUGCUCGUUCGAACUUCAUGGAGUUGCUGACGCUUCUGAAAAGGCGUACGCUGCUGUCGUUUAUUUAAGGACAAUUUCGCCUAACGGAAAUGGUUUUAUUGGACUCAUUUCUUCUAAAACAAAGGUUGCUCCUGUUCAAGCUGUUCCGCUUCCUCGUCUUGAGCUAUGUGCCUCAGUUUUGUUAGCUCGUCUCGUCGCUCACCUUCAAACUCAACUGCGUUUUGAUGCUGCUCUAUAUUUAUGCUCUGAUUCUAUGAACACACUUCAUUGGAUUUCAGCUGUUCCUACAAAAUGGAUGAUAUACGUCGCGAAUCGGGUUUCGGAAAUUCAAACGAUCGUUCCUCCAGCAAUUUGGCAUCAUGUUCCGGGUGCAGAUAAUCCAGCCGACUGUGCUUCUCGCGGGUUGUCAGCUUGCGAACUUUUGCAGUUUUCACUCUGGUGGAAUGUUUCUCCGUGGCUUAAAAGACAAGAAGAGUGGCUUUCAUUUCUGAUUGGCCGUCCAGAAAAUACAGUGGCCAAAGAAGAACGUAAAGUUACUGUCAACGUAGCAGUUCGUGUUAAUGAACCGUGUGAUCUUCAGAGUCUUUAUUCAUCUUUAGACAAAUUACUACGAGUCACUGCUUGGUGUCUUCGUUUUCGAGACGCUUUGAAAUGUCGUUCUAUUAUCGUUUCUCGGAUUUCAGUUGCAUCAGAUCUUCGAACAGCAAGAACAAAGUCGCUAUUUUUCUAA